AUGAGUGAUGUGAAUCCACCCUCUGACACCCCCACUCCCUUUUCGUCCCCCUCCACUCACAGUUCUUAUCUUUCACCCUGGACAUUGUCUUGCUACCCUGGCUCCCCGUGUGAAAAUGGGGUCAUGCUGUACAUGAAGCAUGUGAGCAAGGAGGAGCUACAAUGGUUCAAGCAGUUCUUACUGAAUGAGCUCAAUGCUGGCACCGUCCCUGUCACCUGGGACCAGGUCGAGACAGCCAGCUGGGCAGAGGUGGUUCAUCUCUUGAUAGAGCAUUUUCCUGGACGGCGAGCUUGGGAUAUGACUUGCAAAAUCUUUGCCAUGAUGAACUAUGAUAACAUGUGGGUUUGGGUACACAGGGAGAUGAAUGACAUUCUACCUACCUUGGAGCUAGGGGACUUGAAUGCAGCAGAAACACAAGUGAAUCUGCAGGAAAAAGAAUCUGAUAAAAUAUGGCACUACAAAUGGAACGUGAUAGAAAAGUGUUCUCCCAUAUGGGACAAUUCAACGUGGCCCGGAAACUGCAGGGACUUCUUGUACCAAGGCGUGUGCAGACAUGAGGAGUACUUACCGUGUCUGCUUCUGCCCAGGAGACCGCAGGGUAGGCAGCCCAGGACCGUGGUCAUCCAGGGAGCUCCUGGGAUUGGAAAAACAACCCUGGCCAAAAGGGUGAUGUGUGAGUGGGCCAGAAACAAGUUCUACGCCCACAAGCCCUGGUGCGCUUUCUACUUCCAUUGCCAAGAGAUGAACCAGACAGCGGAGCAGAGCUUCUCGGAGCUGAUGCAGCACAGGUGGCCCGGAUCUCAGGACCUCGUGUCAAAGAUUAUGUCCAAACCAGACCAGCUUCUGCUCCUCUUGGAUGGCUUUGAAGACUUCACAUCUGCCCUCAUUGACAGAUCGGAGGAUCUGAGUGAAGACUGGAGGAAGAAAUUGCCUGGGUCUGUCCUGCUGAGCAGUUUGCUGAACAAAAGUAUGCUUCCAGAGGCCACGCUGCUGAUCAUGAUAAGAUCUACCUCUUGGCAGACAUUUCAGCCCUUGCUGAAGUCUCCCUCUCUCGUAACCCUUACGGGGUUUAAUACGACGGAAAAAAUCAAGUAUUUCCGGGCCUAUUUUGGACACACGAAGGAGGGAGAGGACGUCUUGAGUUUUGCCAUGGAAAACACCAUUCUCUUCUCCAUGUGUCAGGUCCCUGUGGUUUGCUGGAUGGUCUGUUCUUGUCUGAAACAGCAAAUGGAGAGAGGACACGAGCUCACACAGGCAUGUCCAAACGCCACCUCUGUGUUCGUCAGGUAUCUUUCUAGCUUGUUAUCAAUCAGAGCUGAGAACUUUUCCAGAAGGACCCACCUCCAACAGCUAGAAGGUCUGUGUGGCUUGGCCGCAGAUGGUGUGUGGCACAGAAAAUGCAUGUUUGGUAAAAAAGAUCUCGAAAGAGCAAAGAUGGACCAGACGGGAGUCGCCACGUUCCUUGGCGUGAAUAUUCUUCGGAGAAUUGCAGCUGAGGAGGACCGCUAUGCCUUUACCCUCUUGAUUUUUCAGGACUUUUUUGCGGCCUUGUUUUAUGUUCUCUGUUUCCCACAAAGACUCAAAAACUUUCAUGUUUUGAACCACGCAAAUAUCCAGCACCUGCUAGCGGGUUACUGCGGAGGCAAACACUCUCUCUCACACAUGGGGCUUUUCUUAUUCGGCCUUCUAAACAGGGCCUGCACUCCCAUCGUGGAACACUCGUUCAGAUGCAGGGUGUCUUUUGGAAACAAGAGGAAACUGCUGAAAGUCAUCCCUCGGUUGCAUAAAUGUGACCCACCUCCUCCGUGCUGUGGGGUUCCACAGUUAUUCUACUGUCUGCAUGAAAUCCAGGAGGAAGCCUUCAUGUGCCAAGCCCUAGAUAGUUAUCAUAAAGCUGUUUUGAGAAUUGUCAAGAAUAAAGACAUUCAAGUGUCUGCUUUUUGCCUUAAGCACUGUCGAAAUUUGCAGGAGAUGGAGCUGGCUGUCACCCUGAACUUCGUGAACGUGUGGAAGCUCAGCUCCGGUUCCCAUCCUGGCUCUGAAGCACCAGAGAGCAAUGAGCUCCUUCACUGGUGGCAAGACUUAUGCUCUGUGUUUGCCGUGAACAAGAAGCUGGAAGUCCUGACUCUGACCAGCAGUGCUUUACAGCCUCCUUUUCUGAAGGCUCUUGCUGCCGCACUGAAGCACCCUCAGUGCAAACUUCAAAAGCUACUCUUACGGCGUGUGAAUCGCACCGUGUUGAACAAGGACUUAAUCAGUGUUUUGAUGGGGAGCAAGCACCUGAGAUACUUGGAAAUACAACACGUGGAAGUGGAGUGGAAGGCCAUUAAGCUUCUCUGCACAGCGCUGAGAUCCCCACGGUGCCAUCUGCAGUGUCUCAGGUUGGAAGACUGCUUGGCCACCCCUAGAGUUUGGACUUAUCUUGGCAAUAAUCUUCGAGGUAACAGACAUCUGAAGACUCUCAUGCUAAGAAAAAACUCCCUGGAGAACUGUGGGGCAUAUUACCUGUCCGGGGGCCAGCUGGAGAGGCUGUUGCAGAGUAAGAUGCUGACACACCUGAGCCUGGCGGAGAAUGCCUUGAAAGAUGAAGGGGCCAAGCAUAUUUGGAAAGCUUUGCAACACUUGAGAUGUCCUCUGCAGAGGCUGGUGCUGAGAAAGUGUGACUUGACCUUUGAUUGCUGUCAGGAUAUGAUCUCUGCGCUCCGAAAAAAUAAAACCCUGAAAAGUCUUGACCUGAGUUUUAAUAGCCUGAAGGAUGAUGGCGUGACCCUGCUGUGCGAGGCCCUGAAGAAUCCUGACUAUACACUGCAGAUCCUGGAGCUGGAAAACUGCCUGUUCACCUCUAGCUGCUACCAGGCCAUGGCUUCCAUGCUCCGUGAAAACCAACAUCUGAGACAUCUGGACUUGAGUAAGAAUGCGAUCAGAGUCCAUGGCAUUCUGACCUUGUGCGAUGCCCUCCCAAGCCAAAAGAAGAGAGAGAUCAUCUUCUGCAGUCCUGCCUGGACUCGGGUAAUUCGCCCCAACUCCUCCUCACCCACCAACCCCACAGGAGAAAGUGACCGUGCCUAUCCCCAAUUCGUCCUUAUGCCUGAGCUGUAG